AGGAAGUAAGUACUUGAAUUUUUUACUGCUAUGCUGGUGAGGCAGGUUGCCUUGGUAAGCAAAACAAAUUACUCUUUUUUUUUCUGAAAGAAGGACAGUGCUAGUUGCCAUGAAGAAAUAGAAAAUGUCCCUAUGAUCAAGUCACGAUCUGUACUCAUGUUGAGAUGCUCUGAAGAAUAGCAGCCACUUCAGGGAUGUCUAUUGCCAUACAAUGACUAAAACAAAUUCCAUCGGCUUCUAUUUUAUCCUUGUCUUAGGACUGAUACCUAUCAAAAUGCAACUGUCUGAUGGAAGUGAACUUAUCAUUAAGAUACCAAGAGCAAACCUUGCCCAUGUGCCCAAGGACCUACCCUUGACAACAACUACUUUAGAUCUAUCACAAAACAAUAUAUCUGAGCUUCAGACUUCUGAUGUCCUCUCAUUGUCCAAGCUGAGGGUCUUGAUGAUGUCCCAUAACAGAAUCCAGUGUCUGGAUAUUGGUGUCUUCAAAUUCAAUACUGAACUGGAAUAUUUGGAUUUGUCCCACAAUGAGUUAAGGGUGAUUUCUUGCUCCCCAACAGUCAACUUCAAGCACUUAGACCUCUCCUUUAAUGCAUUUGAUGCUCUGCCCAUAUGCAAAGAGUUUGGCAACAUGUCCCAUUUAAAAUUUCUGGGACUGAGUGGUAGCAAGGUACAAAGUUCCAGUGUGCAGUCCAUUGCUCAUUUGAAUAUCAGCAAGGUUCUGCUGGUUUUAGGAGACACUUACGGGGAAGUAGAAGACCCUGAGAGUCUUCAGCACAUUCGCACUGGGAAUCUUCACAUUGUCUUCCCUGAGAAAAGAGAAUUUCGCUUCCUACUGGAUGUGUCAGUGAGCACGGCAAUUAGUUUGGAACUGUCUAACAUCAAGUGUGGACUUGAAGACAAGGAGUGCUCUUAUUUCUUAAGUGCUUUGUUCAAGCUUAGAAAGAAUCUGAGGCUGUCAAAUCUUACCUUAAAUAACGUUGAAACAACAUGGAAUUCCUUCAUUAAAGUCCUCCAGUUGGUUUGGCAUACACCGGUAAAGUAUUUCUCAAUUUCAAACAUGAAACUACAAGAUAAAGUUGACCAAAGAAGUUUCAAUUACUCCGGUACUUCCCUGAAGGCUUUGUCGAUAUAUCAAGUGGUCAGCAAUGUGUUCAGUUUCCCACAGCAUUACAUAUAUGGUAUCUUUUCCAAUAUGAACAUCCAAAGCGUCACAUUGUCUGGAACACACAUGCUUCACAUGGUUUGCCCAUCCCAAGCUAGCCCAUUUCUGCAUUUGGACUUCUCAGAUAACCUCUUAACAGACAUGGUUUUUAAAGAUUGCAGAAACUUAAUCGAAUUGAAAACACUCAGUUUACAAAAGAACCAGUUGAAAAAACUUGAAAAUAUAAUUCUUAUGUCUGCUGAGAUGACAUCGUUACAAAAACUAGACAUUAGCCAGAAUUCUCUAAGUUAUAGUGACAAGGAAAGCCUUUGCUCCUGGACUGAGAGUUUGCUAGUUUUAAAUUUGUCUUCAAAUAUGCUUACUGGCUCUGUCUUCAGAUGCUUGCCUCCCAAGGUCAAGGUCCUUGACCUUCACAACAACAGAAUAAUGAGCAUUCCUAAUGAUGUCACCCACCUGCAAGCUCUACAGGAACUCAAUGUUGCAUCCAAUUCUUUAGUGGACCUUCCUGGAUGUGGGGCCUUCAGCAGCCUUUCUGUGCUGGUCAUCGAGCAUAAUUCAGUUUCCCUCCCCUCAGCAGAUUUCUUCCAGAGCUGUCAGAAGAUCAGGUCCAUAGCAGCAGGGAACAACCCAUUCCAGUGCACAUGUGAGCUGAGAGAAUUUGUCAAACGCAUAGGCCAAGUAUCAGAAGUGGUAGAGGGAUGGCCUGAUUCUUACUCAUGUGACUUCCCAGAAAGUGCUCAGGGGACCCUACUGCAGGACUUCCACAUGUCUCCAUUGUCCUGUGAUACUGGUCUGCUGAUUGUCACCAUCGGGGCCAUUUUGCUGGUGCUGGCUGCCUUUGUGGCUUUCCUCUGCUACUGCUUAGAUCUGCCCUGGUACCUCAGGAUGGUGUGUCAGUGGACACAGACCCGGCGCAGGGCCAGGAACAUCCCCGUAGAGGAGCUCCAGAGGGAUCUCCAGUUCCAUGCUUUUGUCUCAUACAGUGAGCAUGAUUCCGCCUGGGUGAAGAGUGAAUUACUGCCAAACCUAGAGAAAGACGGCAUACGGGUUUGUCUCCACGAGAGAAACUUUAUCCCUGGCAAGAGCAUCGUGGAGAAUAUCAUACAUUUCAUCGAGAAGAGUUACAAGUCCAUCUUUGUGUUGUCUCCCCACUUCAUCCAGAGUGAGUGGUGCCAUUAUGAACUCUACUUUGCCCAUCACAAUCUCUUCCACGAAGGAUCUGAUAACUUAAUCCUGAUCUUGCUGGAACCCAUUCCACAGGACAACAUUCCUAGCAACUACUACAAGCUUAAAACUCUCAUGUCACGGAGGACUUAUUUGGAAUGGCCCAUCGAGAAAAGCAAACACGGACUUUUUUGGGCCAACCUAAGAGCAACCAUUAACGUCAAGCUGGAUAAACAAACAGAAACCACAUGUCACAUACAGCGAUAAGAAUAGUCACCUCAUUAGGUUUGCUGCUUUGGGCAAUUCUGAUAAUGGUGCCAUUGCCAUUAGCAUGAACCUAAAAAUGAUUUUGACAUUAUGAUGCAGGAAUUUGUGCUUUAAAGGCCCAGUUUACCACUAAUGUGUGAUAAAAAAUUAGUGAGUAUUACAAUUUUUGUUAAAAUUCUUCUCUUCUUUUUUUAAAAAAAAUAUUGUUUUGUACA